CAUAAAUUGAGUGUCGUGUUCUUAGGAUCGAUUCUACUUUGUCGUUUUUCUCUUUCUUAAUUUUUUUAUUCCUGCAAAAAAUUUCUCUUCGAGAAAAGUUUUUAUCGAAUGAAACAUAUUAAAGUGUUUGAAAGUUCGACAUCGUUAAAUCGACAUCUAGUGCUUAUGUUCGAAACUGAUGAACAUGGUUAGAAUGGGGAGAUAUUUGGGACAUCCAUAACAGAAUGAUUACACAAUAACGUUACACCAGCAACCUCGAUUUAUCGUACAUUAAAGUCACCUGUAGCAGAUCACUUUUAGUCUUAGUUUGGAUAUCGCUGAAGGAUCAUCUCUGAAAGAAAGAGCAUAUAAAUAAAGUGAAAGAGAAAGGAAAAGAGAAAGAGAGAGAAAGAAUAAGUGACAAAGUAAUAUAAAGUAUAAAGAAAUGAAAGAAAAUAUCUAACGAGGACUCGAUGAUGAAAGUUAUAAAAUAUUUUUAAUUUUGUAAUUCCGUCGGUAUAGUCGAAACUGCAAUUUUAAACCGCAGCGAUCUAUAUAUCAUAAGUCGGAAGGACCAACGAUCGUCGAAGAAAGACAACACUGUGAUUCGAGUGAUAACAAUAACAUAGUACUUAUCAAUCGUUUAAAAUAGUUGUACGCGUGUAAUCAAAAACUCUUUCAAAGAAAAUGAUAAUGUUAAUAACACUCUGGUUAUCAGGCUUAAUCGCACUUUGGCUACUCUUGAGCUCCACAAGUCGAUUACUAUCUAUUAUAUGGGAAACGAUUUUUCCUCUUAUCAACUUCACAUCGAUCGAUUUUCGCGUGAAAUUUGGUGAAUGGGCGGUGGUAACAGGCUCAACCGAUGGAAUUGGAAAGGCGUACGCAAAGGAGCUAGCUAUAAGAAACAUUAAUUUGAUUUUGAUAAGCAGAAAUUUAAGUAAAUUGGAAAAGACCAAAUGUGAACUAUUGAACGUUAAUCCUAACAUAGAAAUAAAGAUCAUAGAGGCAGACUUUAGCAAAGGCAAGCCGAUCUUUGAAAAAAUCAAAUCUGAAUUGGAAAAUAUACAAAUUGGAAUAUUGGUGAACAACGUGGGCAAACAGUAUAGUUAUCCAAUGUAUCUUCACGAAGUUCCGGAGGAUGAGCUAUGGGAUAUCAUGACCGUAAAUGUGGGAGCCGCCACCAUGAUGACGCGAUUAAUUAUCGAACAAAUGAAAAAACAUAAAAAAGGUGCUAUCGUCAAUAUAUCUUCUGGCUCGGAACACCAGCCCCUUCCAUUAAUGACAGUCUAUGCUGCAACUAAAGCAUAUUUAAAAAGUUUUUCCGAUGCAAUUAGAAUCGAAUAUUCGAAAUUUGGCAUAACGAUUCAACAUUUGGUACCACUCUUUAUUAAUACUAAAAUGAAUGCCUUCAGUCCAAGGCUUCAGGUAUCCAGUCUAUUUGUUCCUAAUGCAACGACUUAUGCCAAAAAUGCGAUAGCUACGCUUGGUAAAGUAGACUCGAGCAGCGGAUAUUGGGCUCAUGGUAUUCAAACAUUUUUCAGUCUUAUUCCGCCAGUAUGGAUCAGAGCGAAAGUUGGUUGGUUAAUGAAUAAAAAAUUUCGAAAUGAUUAUUUUACACACAUCCAAAAUAAAUAAAUUGUUGUGAAAAAAGUUUAUAUUAUAAGAUUAA